UAGGCCACAGAACUCCCACCAGUGCUGUCGGUUCAAUUUCAAUAUCUCCCAUGAUGGGUCGAUGGUAGUGUGUUGUUAUACUCAAGAAAGAUUGACUCAGUCGGCCAAGAGUGACCUCCCACAAGCAAAUCGACUGUCGGGUGGCACUGGCAAUGGUGAUGAUGAUACUCAUCCUCAAAGCCCUCAGAUAGGGGUAGAUGUGAUGGAAUACAAGCUACCAAGAAGCGAGAAGACUCUGGACGAGUUUGGCUUGUUAUUAGAGGAACAUCUCAGUCCAAGAGAGAAAGAGUUGAUCGACCAAAGAAGAAGAACCGACUUCGACAAUCCGGGAAAUCUUUUGGACGGCUUGCUUCAAAUCUGGACCUUCAAAGAAUCGAUCAUCAAGGCCUUGGGGAUUGGAUUGAGCAUGGAACUCAGCUCGAUAAGUCUCAGCAAUUUGAUCAGCCAUCCGGAAGUCAAUUGGGAUCCUAUCGAGACCGGCAGCCCUGCUACUACGAGGCUGGAGGACUUUAUCUUACCCGAUAGGUCAUCUCAACUAGUUGUUUCAAUUAAUGGCCAAGAAGAUCGGAGCUGGAAGCUUUGGAAUGCCGUUUGGGCCAGGCCAGACUCGAUCGGGGUGGAGUGCAAAUACAUCCUAUCGGCGGCUCUCAAGUCAUUUUGUCCUCAAAACCUCUCCUCUGAGACUUCAUUGCUUCACCCAGUAGUGUUCAAGACCGUCCCAGAUCUUCUGCCGUCUCAUUGA